AGCAGCCGGAAACGAAGGCCUAUAUGAUGCCUUGCUGUGGCUUGAAGGCUUGAGCUCCUAUUUAUUCAAAGCACAGCAAAGGAGAUUGUUCUCCCUUUUUGUAAUAAUUUUGAGACUUCUAUUUCAAUAAGACGAACACCAACAAAAGGAAAAAAGAGAAAAAUAAAACUUCAAUCUUGGCGGGAAAGCUUAACGUAUUGUAUUGUAUCAAUGGCGGAUCAUCAUCCGACACUUGGUCCAUCAAGUUUCUGGGCUCAGGCCAACGCUCUUCUCAGAAAGAACUUAACUUUCCAGAAAAGGAACAUGUGGACAAAUAUUCGGCUGAUUUCCUUCCCACUUUUUUUCUGUAUACUGUUUGUUUUGUUGCAAAUAUUGGUGGACAGUCAACUAAACAAUGCGGAUAAUCGCUGUGGGUGUGCUUGUGUUGAAGCAAGUGGAAAUGGUCAAUGCCAGAGGAGAGAAUGUGGGUUACAGUACUCAACAAUGGAUCAAGCAUCGAGUUGUCCAAUUCCUAACCCUCCAGGAUGGCCUGCACUUUUACAAAUUCCAGGGCCAAACUAUCGUGCAGUGAGAACUGAUUUAUUUAUAUCUGCAGACCUGCCAAAUGAGUCUUGCAGGAGCACGGGGUCUUGUCCUGCAACUACAUUUUUCACAGGAAAUAAUCAAUCGCUUGGAGAAAUUUUGACGGGGAGUAUGUUCUCAACUUCUUUCAAUACAAAUUCCUCUGAUCUUUUAGGCAGUUUGGCCACCAAUGUCCUGGGUACAGAAACAUAUCCUGAGGGUUACAAUUAUAUUGAUCCUGCUUUUGCUUCGGCUCUUCCCAUUUAUAACAUUCAAAGCCAGUGCUCAUCGAACUCAACAUCUUCUGUUCUCAUCAAUCAACCAUCCAUAACAAGGGAAAUAGAGAUAAGAUGUGUACAAGGUUUAUACCUAUGGCGCAAUAGUUCUUCUGAGGUGAAUGCUGAGCUGUAUAAAGGUUACCGAAAAGGGAACCUGGAAGAGAAGAUAAAUGAGUUUGUUGCAGCAUAUGAUUUCUUGAACUCAGAUGGCAAUAAUUUUAAUGUGAGCGUCUGGUACAAUUCUACCUAUAGUAAUUACUCAGCUGGCAGUCCAAUGUCAUUGCUGCGGAUCCCCCGAUCUGUAAAUCUGGCAUCCAAUGCCUACCUUCAGUUUCUGCGAGGGCCUGGUACAAAAAUGCUAUUAGAGUUUGUCAAAGAAAUGCCAAAACCUGAAACUGAACUCAGGAUUGAUUUGUCAUCUCUUCUUGGAACACUCUUCUUUACUUGGGUUGUUUUACAACUAUUCCCUGUGGUGUUGACUUCACUAGUAUAUGAGAAACAACAGAAACUACGAGUCAUGAUGAAAAUGCACGGGCUUGGUGAUGGACCUUAUUGGAUGAUAACUUAUGCUUAUUUUCUUGUCAUCUCUUUGCUGUACAUGCUAUGUUUUGUGAUAUUUGGCUCACUCAUAGGUACUAAUCUUGUCAUUGAACUCCUCUUUAAUUAUCUAUACUUCAAGUUGCUCUUUAAUUUGUUUGACUUUUUUCCAGGGUUGAAAUUCUUCACACUCAACGAUUAUAGUAUCCAGUUUGUAUUUUACUUCAUCUACAUAAACCUGCAAAUUUCCAUGGCCUUCCUUGUAGCUGCAAUGUUUUCAAAUGUUAAGACUGCUUCAGUAAUUGGAUACAUAGUUGUCUUUGGAACGGGACUUUUAGGUGGCUUUCUCUUCCAGUCCUUCAUUGAAGAUGAGUCAUUCCCAAGAGGCUGGAUUAUCACAAUGGAGUUAUAUCCUGGAUUCUCUUUGUAUCGUGGAUUAUAUGAGUUUGGACAAUAUUCUUUCAGGGGAAAUUAUAUGGGGACAGAUGGGAUGCGGUGGGGGGAUUUGAGUGACAGCACAAAUGGGAUGAGGGAGGUUUUGAUUAUCACUUUUAUAGAGUGGUUGGUGGUGCUUUUUGUUGCUUAUUAUGUAGAUCAGGUUUCAUCUUCAGGUGCUGGGAAGAGUCCUCUAUUUUUCUUGCAAAACUUCCGGAGAAAGCCUCCAUCAUCUUUUCGGAGGCCUAGUUUGCAAAGGCUGGGAUCAAAAGUUUUUGUUCAGAUGGACAAACCUGAUGUUAAUCAGGAGAGGGAGAAGGUGGAGCAGUUGCUACUUGAACCAAGCACUAGUCAUCCCAUCAUUUGUGACAACCUCAAAAAGAUAUAUCCAGCAAGGGAUGGAAAUCCUGAGAAAUUUGCAGUAAGAGGAUUGUCUCUUGCUUUGCCUAGAGGGGAGUGCUUUGGCAUGCUGGGACCCAAUGGCGCUGGCAAGACUUCUUUAAUCAAUAUGAUGAUUGGGCUCACAAAACCAACCUCGGGGACGGCAUAUGUUCAGGGUCUGGAUAUACGGACUUAUAUGGAUACAAUCUAUACAAGCAUGGGUGUUUGCCCGCAGCAUGACCUGCUCUGGGAAACCCUAACAGGGAGGGAGCACUUGCUAUUUUAUGGCAGAUUGAAGAACCUCAGAGGUUCUGCGUUGAAUCAAGCAGUGGAAGAAUCUCUUAAGAGUGUCAACCUAUUUCAUGGAGGGGUUGCUGACAAACAAGCUGGGAAAUAUAGUGGAGGUAUGAAGAGGAGGCUCAGUGUUGCCAUUUCCCUAAUUGGGGAUCCCAAGGUUGUCUAUAUGGAUGAACCCAGUACCGGAUUAGAUCCAGCUUCGAGAAACAGCUUGUGGAGUGUUGUGAAACGUGCAAAAAAAGACAGGGCAAUUAUUCUCACCACGCAUUCAAUGGAAGAGGCAGAGGUGUUAUGUGAUCGAUUAGGGAUUUUUGUAGAUGGCAGCUUGCAGUGCAUAGGAAAUCCUAAAGAGCUAAAGGCUAGAUAUGGAGGAUCUUAUGUAUUUACCAUGACAACAUCCGCGAAUCAUGAGGAAGAAGUCGAGAACAUGGUACGACACCUCUCGCCAAGUGCUAACAAGAUAUACCAAAUAUCGGGAACGCAGAAGUUUGAGCUGCCCAAGCAAGAGGUAAGAAUUGCGGAUGUAUUCCAAGCAGUUGAGAAUGCAAAGAGCAGGUUCACAGUGUUCGCAUGGGGUUUGGCUGACACCACUCUUGAGGAUGUCUUCAUCAAGGUUGCUCGUGGGGCGCAGGCAGUCAAUAUAUUAUCAUGAUUCUCAGAUAUCUUCCUCUUAUAUAUAAAUAAAUAAAUAACUUUUAUGUAUGUAAAUCAGUCAGUUUUGCAUUUUAAUAGCAUUAAUUACUUGUGCAAAUAGUAUGUAGUUCAUAUUGUUUUAUACAGGUAGUUUUAGCAACUAUUUUGUUGCUGCUAUUCAUUUUUCCCUCCCUUUCAUAGUAAUACUAGUGUAUUUCUCACUUA